CUCAUUGGCUGGCCGAGAGCUUCCCUGGGGCUGGACCUCCCGGAGGGCGCCACAGCGGCCGCUCUAGCCGCCGUCCGGUGGUUUGGCCGUCCUCUUUUGGCUGCGAGCCUCUAUGGUGUCGGCGGCGACAUGUGGCGCCUCCGGGGACUCCUGGGCCGAGCUCUUCCUUGUCUGCUAGGACCUGGCCUCCGGGGGGUGACCCCCAAAUCCACCAGUUCAGAUGGGAUUCAGGCUGCCUCCUCCACUCUGCUGGUCCCUGUGCCAAACUUUGACAGGUCAGGCCGCCAUGGCCCAGGCCCAGGCACAAGCAGGGGCCCAAGGUACCAUGGAUGGAAGGAUGCCUUUCAGUGGAUGUCUGGCCGUGUCUCCCCGAACACCUUGUGGGAUGCCGUAUCGUGGGGCACUCUGGCCGUGCUGGCCCUGCAGCUGGCCAGGCAGAUCCACUUCCAGGUAUCCCUGCCAACAGGACCUCGGCGAGUGGAGCGUGGCUCUUGGCACGGCCCCCUGGACUGUUUCCUCUUAUCUCCCUUGUGGCAUCCUCGCUCCUCAGUGCGGAGACACAUUCUCCCCACGCCUGACAGCCCAGCUCCCAGGCACACUGGCCUCAGGGAACCCAGGCUGGGCCAGGAAGAGCCCUCCACUGAGCCCGAGAGCCUCUCCUCACACAGCUCCUUGAGAGCAGCUGGUCUUCAGGAUCCCUCUGAGGAAGAUUCCGUUCCCAGUGAUAUCAGCUUCCUGCAUGCCAGCAGUAGCUUCAGCACCAAGGCAAAACGAGCCCAGCCUCAGCCCACUGGUGUAAAGCAGGAACAAGAUAAAUCAAAAACGCUUUCCCUCGAAGAGGCUGUGACUUCCAUUCAGCAGCUCUUCCAGCUCAGUGUUUCCAUCGCUUUCAACUUCCUGGGAACAGAGAACAUGAAGAAUGGAGACUACACGGCGGCCUUUUCCUACUUCCAGAAAGCAGCAGAGCGUGGCUACAGCAAAGCACAGUACAACGUGGGCUUGUGUCACGAGCAUGGCAGAGGCACUCCCAGGGACCUCAGCAAGGCAGCCUUUUGUUACCAGUUGGCUGCCACCCAGGGCCACAGCCUGGCUCAGUACCGCUAUGCUAGGUGCUUGCUGCAAGACCCAGCCUCCUUGUGGGACUCUGAGCGGCAGAGGGCAGUGUCCAUGCUAAAGCAGGCUGCAGAUUCAGGCUUGAGAGAGGCCCAAGCUUUCCUCGGGGUGCUUUUCACCAAGGAGCCAUACCUGGAUGAACAGAGAGCUGUGAAAUAUCUUUGGCUUGCAGCCAACAAUGGGGACUCUCAGAGCAGGUACCACUUGGGAAUUUGCUAUGAGAAGGGCCUUGGCGUGCAGAGGAACCUGGGAGAGGCGGUGAGGUGUUACCAGCAGGCAGCGGCGCUGGGGAAUGAGCCUGCCCGGGAGAGGCUGCGGACCCUCUUUUCCGCGGAGGCAGCAGCCCCGGGGCCCAGCAGCCUGGCAGUUACAGGAUUGAAGUCCUUCUCCAGCCCUGCCCUGUGUAGCCUGAACACCCUGUUGGCAGGAGCCUCCCGCCUCCCACACGCCUCGAGCACAGGAAACCUUGGCCUCCUCUGUAGAAGUGGGCAUCUUGGAGCCAGCCCCAGAGUCCCCAGCAGAGCUAGCCCUUCACACCCCAACCCCUUGGAAAGGAGUCUUGUCAGACUGGGUUUUGGCUAAGACCUUCUCUCGCCAGCCCUAAAGAUGGAGCCUGUGGGUUCUCAGAGAGGUGCCACAACUUGAAUCACAAAGAGGAGGCCAGUUAUUCCCAAAGAACCUUAAGUACGUGCCUCAACACAGUAAAGAAGAGGAAAGUGUGUGAAGACCUAGGUUCUGGCCAUGUCCCCUUGAAGCAGUGAGUAGCCUGACUCACGGCAUUGUUUCCUCAGUUGUAGACCAAGGGCAACGGUGUCUGCCCUUGCUCUGCUGAUGUGGGCAUUUCAUUGCAGAAAGGACCUUGGUGCUUACAUGGCCCGAGGAAGCAGAGUGAUGACCAUAGUUGCAUGGCUUUAUGAAUCACCAGGCCAGGAGAGGAUCCAGGCCUCCUGACUCCUGGCCCAGGACUCUUUUGCACCAUUCACACUGUAAUUUUAUGUGAACGUGUUGUUGUUCUGCCAAUGGGAGGGAGUAACGGCAGAUUGAGCACCUGGACUCGUGGGGCAGGAGAGUGUAGGUUCUGAGAUCUUCGUUUGUGAAGGGUGUGCCAGAAAUGGAUGGGAGCUUAAUAAAACAGACAUGGAAUUAUC